UUGUCUUGCUUUGUCUUUUGCAACUUGGGUAGAUGUCUCCAAUUUUUAAGCAGUUUUCUUUCUGGGUAUCCCCAAAUUCAAGCUAAGCAAAUUGCCUGACAGCUUCACUCGCUAGCUAUUGAGAAUGGUUCCAUGAAGUUUCUUGGCCUGAGAAAUUUAUAGGCUAGCUUUCAACAGAUGCAGCAGCUCUUUUUGUGUGUCUUUUCGACUCGGUUAUGAUUCUUGAUAUCUUUAUAUCCUCUCAGCUUCUACCUUUACUUAUUAGAUAGAGGAUUUACAACUAAGGAUAGUGACAAGGGAAGAAAUGGAUUUAUUCCCGAAAUUCUUAGUAAAUAUAAAAGACUAACACACUAGCAGAAAAGCUGAUAGGGAUAGGUUUCUUCACAUACAGCUAUUAAAGCAUUGAUCAAUUUGCCUAAGCAUGAUUCCUGAUUUUACUACUUUAUGCAUUAGUACUAUCGACAGUGGAUGAAAAAUAGCCUUAUAGCAUCUGACAUGGAGUGGAAGCAAAUGUGACUUGAUUAUCCUGUGAUCUAAAAUGUAUGGAAUUGAUUAGGAUAGGAGGGUCACAUAAUUGGCCAAGGCUUUGUCUUCAAGAUUUGGUGCAAUAAAAUAAUGACAGCAUGAGUUCGAUCAAAUUCUCUGGCUUUGAAGGAUUUGCUUCAAACAAUGGCCAUUUACCUUUGAUCAUUGAACAACUAGGCGAAGAUCAUCUACUUUCCAUGAUUGUAGUUUGAAUCGGCUCAAUCUGUCUAUUGCUCAAACGCUUUAGAAUGCAAAUUAAGUAGUUCUUCAUUAUACAAUUCAAUUUCAAUAUGAAACCUACCAUUGAUCUUGAAGUGGAGGCCCCCUCAGAAAAUGACUCCGAUGUCGGCAGCCAAGUAGCUUCCAACUUAUCCACCCAUGAAAAUUCUGCAGGUCCCUCCAAUGACAGCCUCACUAACUAUGCCAGUCUCACAAAUUCCAUAGCUGCUCCAUCUGGUUCAGAACCACUUUCCCUAGAUUUAACCCUUUGCUCCAGUAAUGAUGAAUUAGGGGGAAGGGACUCAAAAGGACUCUCAUUGUCAAGCACUAGUGAAAGUAGCAAUGAACCUGCAACUCUUACUACUGCAGCAGCCAUUCCACGAGUUUUUUCAUGCAAUUACUGUCAACGAAAAUUCUUCAGCUCGCAGGCACUUGGUGGUCACCAGAAUGCACAUAAGAGGGAAAGAACACUUGCAAAGCGGGCAAUGAGGAUGGGUAUUUUCUCUGAAAGGUAUGUCAGCAUGGCAUCUUUGCCUUUACAUGGAUCUUCAUUUAGGUCCCUGGGAAUCCAAGCACACUCGUUAGUCCAUCAGCAUUUUGCACCACCCGUAAGGCCACAAGAUAACAGAAAUUCUGCAAGAUUUGAUCAAGGGUAUAUAGGUCUUCCAAUAUUCGUGGACGAUGAUGAGGCAGAGCUGUUAUGGCCAGGUAGUUUCCGCAAGGUAGCCGAGGCAGAUGAUACACAUCAAGGUUUUGUACUCACAGGAAAUUCAAAUAUGAAUUUUUCAGGGGAAACUCCAUCAGCUGACUUAGACAAUUCUACGCCAGACCUCACGCUGAAACUCUGAGUCCUUCAGAGUCAGGGGUGGCUUCAGUAUGUCAGCUCUAAUAUUCUCUCUUUGUAUAGCAAGUUGUGCAUGAGGCAUGGCUCAGUUUUUAUUCUUACAAGUACUUUCUAAUCUGAUUUUCACUUUGGUGUUGUAUGUUAGUUAUAAGAGCUUCACAAGGAUUAUUUUGGAACUUCAAUGCUUGUUCUGAUUUAUAUGAUGCUUUGGAUUUGCUGUA